ACAACUCCACUCUCGCUUUCUCCUCUUCCUUCCCGCCACUUUCUCUUUUCUUUAUUUCAAUUUCCAUUUCACUGAGAAUAACCAAAAUUUUCUUCAAAAAUGUUGUGGGUUGAUAAAUACCGACCCAAAACCCUAGACCAAGCUAUGGUUCAUCAAGAGAUUGCCCUGAAUCUCAAGAAACUGGUUGCAGAGCAGGAUUGCCCUCACUUACUCUUCUAUGGACCAUCUGGGUCUGGCAAGAAAACCCUAAUUAUGGCUCUCCUUAGACAAAUUUUUGGUCCCUCUGCUGAAAAGGUGAAAGUGGAGAAUAAGAAUUGGAAAAUUGAUGCUGGAAGUAGAACAAUUGAUCUGGAGUUGACCAUGUUGUCAAGCGCCAACCGUGUGGAAUUGAGUCCAAGUGAUGCAGGCUUUCAGGACAGAUACAUAGUUCAAGAGAUAAUUAAGGAAAUGGCUAAAAAUAGACCAAUUGAUACCAAAGGGAAAAAAGGAUAUAAAGUGCUGAUUCUCAAUGAAGUUGACAAGCUUUCAAGAGAAGCCCAGCAUUCACUCCGAAGAACAAUGGAGAAGUACAGUGCUUCUUGCCGUCUAAUUCUGUGCUGUAAUAGUUCUUCAAAAGUCACUGAAGCCAUUCGGUCUCGUUGUUUGAACAUUCGAAUAAAUGCUCCUUCAGAAGAACAGAUCAUUAAGGUGAUAGAGUUCAUUGGAAAGAAAGAAGGGUUGCAACUUCCAUCUGGUUUUGCGGCCCGCAUUGCAGAAAAGUCAAAUAGGAGUUUAAGGAGAGCUAUAUUGUCAUUUGAGACUUGCCGUGUUCAACAGUACCCUUUCACAAGCAACCAAGCAAUUUCGCCAAUGGAUUGGGAGGAAUAUAUAUCUGAAAUAGCAACUGAUAUAAUGAAGGAGCAAAGCCCUAAAAGGCUGUUUGAGGUUCGAGGGAAGGUGUAUGAAUUGCUUAUAAAUUGUAUUCCACCUGAGAUUAUCCUGAAGAGGCUUCUUCAUGAGUUAUUGAAGAAAUUGGAUGCAGAGCUAAAACACGAGGUGUGCCAUUGGGCUGCAUAUUAUGAGCAUAGGAUGCGUCUUGGACAGAAAGCCAUCUUUCAUAUUGAAGCAUUUGUUGCCAAGUUCAUGAGCAUUUACAAGGCCUUCCUGAUUGCAACAUUUGGCUGAAGAAUGAACAAGUAAGCAUCAUUUUGCCUUUGGAUCUUUUAUCUAUUCCAGGAACACAGUUUCUAGGAUUCCGAUUAUGGGCUUCCAGUGUGCUUCUUAAUGCAGUUGACUUGUUAUUUUGUAUACGAACUAUGAAUGAUGUGUUAGGGGUUCAUGUAAUAACCAUUGAGCAAAACCAUAAAUUUCACUUUUUAGUUCUCUUCUCUGCUUAA